AUGCUUAGAUCCGUCGCCGUUGCAAAGACCCGAUUGCCGCAGUCCAGGCUAAUUUUGCGCAAUUUGAGCGCGAGCGUUUCGCUAAGGAAGGAGGCCAGCAGAACAGCUGCGGCUCCACUAGGCCGGCAAAGGUCAGUUUCGGACAUCAAUGAGUGUGUCUUGAAUGCAAAAUAUGCUGUCAGAGGUGCCAUUCCUCUUCGUGCCGAAGAGCUUAGACAGCAGCUGGAGGAAAACCCCGGGGCCCUUCCCUUUUCCAAAAUAAUCAACGCCAACAUUGGGAACCCGCAGCAACUGGGUCAAAAACCGUUGACAUUCUAUCGCCAGGUGCUGUCUCUUCUACAAAAUCCAGAGAUCAUUGAAAGGUUGAGUUCCGAUGAGCUGUCCAAGGCGUACCAACCUGACGCCAUCAGGAGGGCAACUAGGAUGUUGGAAGAGGCCGGUGGCUCUAUUGGUGCCUAUUCCGGAUCCCAGGGUGUCCCUGCAUACCGCCAGUCCGUUGCAAAUUUCAUUGCUGAGCGUGAUGGAGAACCUGCCAACGCCGACGAUAUUUUCCUCACUACCGGUGCGUCUGCUGCCGUUGGUUACAUUCUGCAACUUUUCUGCUCGGGGCCCCAAAAUGGUGCCUUAAUUCCGAUCCCCCAAUACCCUCUAUACACGGCCACCUUGGCGUUGAAUAACGCACAGGCCUUGCCGUACUACCUUGAGGAAGAAUCUGGCUGGUCCACUGACCCUGAACAGUUCGAGAAGAUCAUUAAGGAUGCUAUCAAUAAGGGGGUAACACCAACGACUUUAGUUGUGAUCAACCCAGGCAAUCCCACUGGAGCCAUUCUGUCAGAAGAAAACAUAGAGGGUAUCUUCGAAGUGGCAGCAAAGUAUAGUUUGGUGGUUAUUGCUGAUGAAGUAUACCAAGAAAACGGGUUCAAUGAUGUCGAGUUCACUUCUAUGAAAAAGGUUCUGAGAGUCUUACAAAAAACUCAACCUGGCUCUUAUGAUAACGUCCAAUUAGUCUCAUUGCAUUCUACUUCCAAAGGUGUCUCGGGUGAAUGUGGCCAAAGAGGUGGUUACAUGGAGUUAGUCGGUUUUUCAGAUGAAGUAAAGCAAGUUAUUACUAAACUAGUGUCGAUUUCAUUAUGUCCCGUCGUAACCGGUCAAGCCCUGAUGGAUUUGAUGGUUCGCCCACCAACGAAGGGGGAUGCGUCUUACGAGCUCGAUCAAAAAGAAAGAAACGACAUCCAUCGUAAUUUAAGCGAGAGGUCUUCCAUGCUUAACUCCGCAUUUCAAAGUCUUGAAGGUGUCUCUUGCCAAAAACCACAAGGGUCCAUGUAUCUGUUUCCUAGGCUACACUUGACGCAGAAGGCUAUUGCCAAAGCUGAAGCUCAAGGAAUCGCCCCUGACGAAUACUACUGCAAAGAGUUGCUAGAGCACACCGGGAUUUGCACGGUCCCUGGAAGCGGCUUCCGCCAAGUUCCCGGAACUUACCACCUAAGAACGACUUUCUUAGCACCAGGAACCGAAUGGAUAGAAAGCUGGAAAGAGUUCCACGAGAAGUUUUGGGAUGACCAUCGCGACUAG